CACAAAAACAUACUAUUAAAGAGUAAAAGAGAGAGUGACAACCACUCACUAAAGAUUGGGUUUUUUUUAUCUUGAUUUGCAUCUUAAGGAACCCUCCUCCACCCACUUUCAUACCACCAACCCCAUCAUUUUCCCUUGAUUCACUCAAAGGUGAGCAACCAAGAAAGUGAGAAACCUUCUUUUUGAAGAGAAUUUGUUACAAGGAGAUGAGAGGAGGAGGGCUAUGGCAGCUUGGGCAAUCAGUUACCAGGCGUCUCGCUCAGGCUGAGAGAAAAGCUGUUGCUCGUCGAUGUUUUUCCAGCGAGGGAGAUCUCAAGAAGACAGUUCUUCAUGACUUUCAUGCUGCACAUGGUGGGAAGAUGGUGCCUUUUGCUGGUUGGAGCAUGCCAAUUCAAUACAAGGAUUCAAUAAUGGAUUCUACUGUCAACUGUAGAGAGAACGGAAGCCUCUUUGAUGUUGCUCAUAUGUGCGGGCUGAGCCUUAAAGGAAAGGAUUGCAUUCCUUUCCUCGAGAAACUUGUUGUCGGUGAUCUUGCUGGUCUUGCCCCUGGCACUGGAACUCUAUCUGUUUUCACAAAUGAGAAGGGUGGGGUGAUUGAUGAUAGUGUAAUCACCAAGGUCAAGGAUGAUCAUAUAUAUUUGGUUGUGAAUGCCGGUUGCAGAGAUAAGGAUUUGGCACAUAUUGAAGAGCAUAUGAAGUCAUUCAAGUCGAAAGGUGGUGACGUCUCAUGGCAUAUCCAUGAUGAGAGAUCUCUCCUUGCGCUGCAGGGACCCCUUGCUGCCCCUGUUCUUCAACAAAUGACCAAGUAUGAUCUAAGCAAGUUUUACUUUGGAGAAUUUUGUAUGACUGAUAUCAGUGGAGUCCCUUGCUACCUCACUAGGACAGGAUAUACGGGUGAAGAUGGGUUUGAAAUUUCAAUUCCCAAUGAGAACACCUUGGACAUUGCGAAACAAAUCUUGGAGAAAUCUGAAGGGAAGGUAAGACUUACAGGACUUGGUGCUCGAGACAGUCUAAGGCUUGAGGCUGGAUUGUGUCUGUAUGGCAACGACCUCGAACAGCACAUCACACCUAUUGAGGCAGGACUGACAUGGGCUGUUGGAAAGAGGAGGAGAGCAGAAGGUGGGUUUCUUGGUGCAGAAGCGAUACUCAAACAAAUAGCUGAUGGUCCUUCAAGGAGGCGUGUUGGGUUUAUAUCUUCAGGGCCACCUGCUAGAGGUCAUAGUGAAAUUCAGAAUGAAAAAGGAGAAAAUAUCGGUGAAAUCACUAGUGGAGGAUUUAGUCCUUGCCUUAAAAAGAACAUAGCCAUGGGUUAUGUAAAGUCUGGGAACCACAAAGCCGGCACCAAUGUUAACAUUGUGGUAAGAGGAAAGCCCUAUGGAGGAGUCGUCACUAAAAUGCCAUUUGUGCCCACCAAAUACUACAAGCCAACUUAAUGAAAAUUCCUACUCUCCUGGUUCCUUAUAUUGUUAUAAUGCUUAACAUGUUCAUCAGAACUCAGUCCUGGAAUCUUUUUCUUGUUCCUGAAAUUCCUGAUCUGAUUGUAAAAUUUCUUUCUCUGCUACAAUUUUAGCCCUAGUUUGAAAUAAUGAGAAUGCAUAUGGUAAUACUUCA